CGCUGGUGCCUCAGUAUUUCCCACGCGCUCUGUCCAUGUCUUCUCUUUCCUUUGAUUGAGAUGUUGCGAUGUCCCGGGCAGAUUUUCAAGUCGUGGAUCUAUUUUGGGUGAUUUUUAUUGCAUUUGCUCUCGCUCCGGAGGCGGGCAGUGCCAGUAGAUCGGCCGGGGCAGACAGCUGUCAUGAGGUGAAGACAGCUUACAUGAUGCGCCAAAUAGGUCCCGUGGAGCUGGUGCCAGACAGAGCCCGAGCAGAUGAGUCCCUGCGUGUGUGUGUCCACUCGGGGCCCAGCUGCUGCAGCAGUAAAAUGGAGGACAACUACAUGACGGCCGUGCGUAGUGAGACCCAGCAGAAGAUGAGGUCCUACAGCUUUGAGCUCAAGUACCUGAUCACAGGACACGCCAAAGCCUACAGAGAGACGUUUGAGUCACUGGUGUCCUUCACAUCCAACCUGACCAGCACAUUAUUCGACAGCGCUUACUCCACACUGUCCUCAGACUGUCGCCCCCUAGUGUCCCAGCUAUUCAACGACAUUAAACAACACCUUUCCGGAGAUGCAACCGUGUCAUUGGACAAAACUGUCAUUCGAUUUUAUGAUGACCUGUUCCCUUUGGUUUAUCGCCGUCUUCUCAACCCUGGUUUUGGCCCUAAGUCUUUCCACUCAAGUCCGUCUCUCCAUAGCAACCACGAUGACUGUUUGAGGAUGACGCGACAGGAUGUGAGCCCGUUUGGACCUUACCCCCGUCUCCUGAUCAGCGGCCUGUCCCGUGCACUUGGGGUUGGUCACGCGUUGAGCCGGCUUUUGAAACUGGCUGGAGAGGUGGUCAAUGCGACGGAGAAGACAGCUCUAAGCAGAGAGUGUGGGCGGAGUCUAGUAAAGAUGCAGUACUGUUCACACUGUAGGGGGCUGACGCUGAUACGACCCUGCACUGGACUCUGUGUCAACGUUAUGAGAGGGUGUUUGGUUGGCGUGUCAGAGCUUGGUGGGCCCUGGAGCAGUCUGGUGGUAUUACUACAGCGCUUGGCAUCUACCCUGGCAACCAGCAGUAACCAGAACAGCAUGGAGCUAGCGCUGUUAGCCAUCCGAAACCAUGUGAAUGAUGCCAUACUGCACGCUCAGCUCCACGGGCCACACAUUACAUCUACAGUAGAAAAGGUGUGUGGUCCGCAUGCUGCUGUCUCUGUAAUGACCAGGACGAGCCGCUCAGAUCUCGGCUCCUCGACCUCUGUGACCUCUGUGACCCCGGUGAACCCUGACUCCUCUGUAAUGUCCUCCUCUCAUCUCUCUCCUCUGGACGGCCCACAUUACCGUCCAGCUCCACACAGCCGCAGAUCACUUCCCAUCAAAGGCUCCAAAGGGGACAAAAGCCGCAGCCUGAAGAAACUUUCCAGGGAGUUUGAGGGCUCCAUUCAGCGUUACCAGUGGUUCUUUUCCGAGCUUCCCGAGGUGCUUUGUGAGAGUGAGAUGGAGGUUGAGCAGCACACUUGUUGGAGCGGCCAAGACGUCGUUGAGAGUUACGCCGGUCCAGUGGUUGGGAGCAGUGUGAAAUCCCAGAGGGAGAACCCGGAGAUGACUGUCCGCUAUUCCGACCCCAUCCUGAAGGGGGCGAAACACAGACUGGAGCAGAUAACGCAGGAGCUGGUAGCAGAACUUGGUUGGUCGAUGAAGCCCAGCGUGAGAGAAGAGGAGCCUGUAGAGGGGAGCUCACCCACGGGGAGAGCCGAGGGAGGCAGCGGAGACGAGGAGUGCGAUGAUGAAGAUGGUUGUGAAGGAUCUGGAGCACAGGAUGGCGGUGAGUCCUCCAGUGGCCUCAGCCCCAAGACGGAGCACGCAGCACCUCCCCCUCGCGGGGUCUUCCCUCCUCAUCAGCCCCCCCCUCCACAGGUGGCUGUCCGAGGGGGCGCCCAUCCGCUCGCCUCCCGACACUUACCUUUGACCUUGGUUGCCAUGGCGUUUGUGCUGCUGUCACCAUGGGAAUCUCGCUGACCUUCAGGAGACACAUGGUUUUAUACACAGAGACAGAGGGAUUGAACCACAGUGUUUGUGACAGCUCUGGGAGGAGGUUCACGCUGGCUGCUGUGGUGGAAAAUGCACAUAUGUAUUUUUGUAUCGUUUUUACUAACCUCACUAUAUUUUUAUUUAACACAAUAAAAAGAACGAUACUGACUUUUUGGAGAGACAUGUACAUACAAAGUCUAUUUAUAAAGAGAUAUUAGCUGUAAAUAUAGAUUAAUGACGAUAACACUUGGAUUGAAGUCUGUAUUAUGUUUCCAAGUAUCUACCUACAUCUACCUAUAGCACCUCAUAAAAUGGAGGACAGUUACAUAACAUGAAGUAAUCUUGUCUUUGAAAGUAUUUAUUUCAAGUUCGUUAUAUCAGUGCAUAGGCAGUUUAAACCACAGACUGUUUAUAUAAAUGGACACAACAUCUAGCCUCGAUGAGCUUCAUUUAACAUGAGCCAAACACUGACGUCACACUCAUUUAGUCCACUUCUUUAUACAGUCUGUGGUCUAGAAAACCAUAGUAUUGAGAUUAGUUGAAUAUUGAACAUACACUUCAUUUUAAUGUAGUUUGCAUUAAGUAAUUACCUAUGAAUUAAAGUUAAAAUAUUUACAAAUAAAUUAUGUCACUGUAGUUGUGAGUCUAGGCCUGUCACUAUAAUCACUAUAUCGACUCAUCGUUCAGUAUAUGAAAAGCUGGAACAAUAUAGUGCUUUUUUCAUGCAAACGUGGGAGAUUUGGGGUGUUUUUGUUGCGAUAUCAUUAAAUUUGAGCCGUGGAGACAUGAAUAAGUCUCUUUUACAGCUACAUUCUGCUGUUUAUUUGUUCCAGCUCAUGUCUUUUAAUGAAACUAGUCUAUUUACAAAUGGUUGACUGGGAUUAUCUUGCAUUACUUCAAUCUUAAUUAGUGCCACAAAUUAGUUUCAACAUCCUUUAUCGCAGUCGUUCUCUGUAGCAAUAUAUCAUGCUAAUUGCUGCUGUCAGACUCGUUGUUUUGGUCUUAAAAUGUUCGUAUUAACCCGCUUUACGUGACCCUUGUGUUUUUAUUUCACUAUUUUGUCCUUAAAUCAAGAUACGAACAUUAAUAACAGACAAAUCAGGCGUCUUCUUUCCCUGAGAUCACUCCCGCUACCGUUAGCAACAGGUUUGAUUGACAGCGUUGCUAUGGUCCCACUCUUUUCUAAACCAGUGAUGCAGCUCACGUCUUUUAAUGAAACAUCUAUUUAAAAACUGUUUAGUUAUCUUGCAUUAUUUAAAUCUUAAUUAGUGACAUAAAGUUGUUUCUUUAUUAUCGUUUUUCUGUAGCGAUACAUCGGGCUUCAAAAAGUGUUAUUGUGACAGGUCUAGGUGCCGUAGUAAACUGGUUUUGUCUUGCACUACAGUGGAAUUUUGAAUUGAAAAACUUCUUGGAACCAUUUUAAAAUUUCCUCAGUAAUAUUAAGACAUCCAAUGAAGGACGAUUAUUAGCUACAUAAACACAAACAUAACAGCUAUAAAAAUCCUCUAUACACACUUACAUUGUGCGAUCAAAGGAGUCAUACAAAAUUAAUUACAAAACACGUGUUAUAGCCUCUGUACGCGGCUCCUCAUGUCUGAUUUAAGUACAGCUGUUUCACGUCCACACAUGCAAAUGAGAUUUCAGAUUAAUUAUGAUCAUGAAGCUCUUCUGGCUCUCUGCUGGUGUCAAAGCUCCACACGGUGAGCCCCAGACCCGACGCCCGGAAUACUGAUGCAAAAGGCCGAGUGAAGGGCAGAAAGACGCAGCCGUAGCCCGUCCUCACGACUGUAGCUGCUGUAACCGUUUACCGAGCGCUGUUUGAGCUGGAUUUUAUAAAGGGAGGAUGUUGUUUUGCACUGAAUUUUAAAAUGCUGAGUUUGGGCAGAGCUGGGUGUUGCUGACAGAUUUGAUUAGAUUUAAAAAUGCUAUUAAGAGCGUAGCUGUGCGGUGGGGUUUGACGCAGAGACUAAAUGUCAUCGUAAUUUCUCAUCUGUGUUACAAUGUUUCCUCAUCAAAAAAAACAAAAGCUGCAGUUGUGUUUUGUUUCAUUCACACAUGUUUAACACAGUUCUUCCCUCAAACUGAAAACACUCUGUUCCACUUUGUGAUGUCAUCAUGUGGUGAUACAGGAAGUGCUCCACUCUCUACCGUGUUUUUCAGUUUCACUAGAAUCGUUUGGAUCAUUUUCGCUCUGGAACUGCUAAUCGCAACUGAACUAAAGGUAAAACGUAGCUGUUAACUUGGAAACUACCACUUCAUGACAUCACAAGGUGGAACAGAGCAUUUUGAGUGUUGGAGAUGUAGACAGACUAAUAAUAAACUGUUACUCAAACGUGUGAAUGAAACAAAACACAACUCCAGCUCUGUUUUUGAGGAGGGAACAGUAUUAUAACAUGACUUAAAGCUUAAAGAGUCAGUUUGUCGUAGUAUAGAACUUUUAACACUAACGUUCUCAGUUCUUUUUUAUAACUUUACUAUAGAUGGAUAGAUUUGCUAUAAAUCUGUAAAUUCAUUUUUAUUCCACAACUUAAAUCCACCAGUGAAUAUUUGUCUGAAGCUGCAUUCUUCAGUGGCACAGAUAUGACGGCCGGGUGAAGAGGGGCGCCAGAUGUGCUUUUUUUUUUAAGAAGUUUUGUAGAGGCAGAAAAAAUGACAUGUAUAUUUUAUUUAUACGUAAUUUAUAGGAGGUUUGUGGCUGUAAACCCCGAGGUGCAAUAAAACACGUGUAACUUGUAUAAUGUAAUGUUCUGCUGCCACAUCAAAUAAAAUAAAGUCUCUCAAA